UCUCUCUUCUCAUUUCUCACAUUUCAUAUAUAAAACCUUGCCCUUAACAGCAAUCAUAUAACCAGAACAAGUUCUUGAAAAAAAAGGUAACCCAUCAAUGAAAAUGGCACAUGGUCUUGGACUUGAGAUAGUCACUGAGCUUACCUUGGGGCUGCCAGGCAGAAGUGAAGGUCUUGAGUAUAAUAAAAAAGAGAAGAAAAGGGUUUUUUCUGAGGUCUCCGGCAGCGAAGCGAGUAGCACCACCAAUGAUGACCGGAAAAUCUCAACGAAGAGUCAAGUUGUAGGGUGGCCGCCAGUUUGUUCUUAUCGGAAAAAGAAUAGUUUGAAUGAGAAAGAAGGGGUUGAGACUUCAAAACUGUACGUGAAAGUUAGCAUGGAUGGAGCUCCUUUUCUUAGGAAGAUUGAUUUGGGUAUGCAUAAGGAGUAUUCAGAUCUUGUUGUUGCAUUUGAGAAGCUAUUUGGUUGUUUUGGAAUCGGGAAAGCGUUGAAGGAUGCAGAGUGCAGCGACUACGUCUACGUCCCCAUAUACGAGGACAAGGACGGCGACUGGCUGCUUUUGGGAGACGUCCCCUGGGAGUAA